AUGAACGCUGCGUCGUCUGCUAGGAGACAGUACAAGUUAUCUCCCGUGCCAAGCUCUCCUGGCGUGGAGUUAGAGAAGCGGCUCCGCAGAGUGAUGGCCGCUUCCAGGAUUGCCUCGUCGCGGAGGCUGUGUGUGAGGUAUCAAUUCUUCUUCUACAUCGCGAUUCUCAUGUUAGGACUUCAACUGUUUCUCGGUUACAGUUUUUACAGCAGCAUUAACAUCAAAGAUGCCGACCAAUUCGAUAGAAGUGAUCCCGGGGACCGACCACCACGAAAACUUUCGUUUGACAUCCGUCAAGAUUCACAAGCAGAUUCACAUGGAAAACAACCGGAGCACCGACCACACCCAGACCAGGACAAGAUGGUCAGUGAAAAUGGAGGGAAGGGCCCGCCAGACAAGGGGCAGAUGUUCCCAAACCUCGCUCUUCCAUCAACUUACAAACCAAAGUGUGAAAUCCUUGCAAAGGAAGCCCUGUCUGCGAUCAACCGAGCUACAACAACCAUGUGUCGUCAGCAGAUAGCAGACAUCUCGUGUCUGACAAGGGAGGGGAAGAUGUAUGCUGACACACUGCCCAGGCUGUGUCCACUCAAAGGGAAUGAUACUGGAACCUACUUCGGGUGUUUCAAGGACAACCUGAACGACCGAGACCUGACAGGCACGUACAAGGAGUUGAAUGAUAACACCCCCCAGAACUGCAUGAACUACUGUCUGAAGGCAGGAUUUCGUUACGCCGGGGUACAAUACAGCAAGGAGUGCUGGUGCGGAGACAGUUACGGCAAACACGGACACAGCCCGGAGAGUCUAUGUGAAGGGAAGUGCUCGGGCGACGCCUCACAGAGGUGCGGUGGCUACCUGACCAGCAAGAUCUACAGCACCGGUGUUGGAGAGAAGAAACGUUACCAGGCUCCCCUGGUGCGAGCAGGAAGUAACGAAGCCGACAGCACCGUGAGAAUCGUGUUUGUUCUGACUCUGAAUGGGCGGCAGGUGCGACAGGUGGUGCGCCUUCUCCGCAACAUCUACCAUCCCCAACACUACUACUUCCUGCACAUAGACAAGCGGCAGGAGUUUAUGUAUCGAGAGUUACUUCCCCUGGAGAAGUUGCUGCCCAACAUCUUGGUGACCAAGACGAGGUUCUCUACAAUCUGGGGCGGAGCCAGUCUCCUGCAGGCUCACCUGCACUUCAUGCGGCAGCUACUGGACACCGCCUGGGCCUGGGACUACUACAUUAACCUCAGUGAGAGCGACUACCCCAUCAAACCAGUGAAAGACCUGACUGCCUUUCUGUCUCUCUACAAGACAUACAACUUCCUCAAGUCUCACGGCCGGGACACACCCAGAUUCAUACAGAAGCAGGGGUUGGACCAGACCUUCUAUGAGUGUGACAACCACCUGUGGCGUAUAGGGCCCCGGAAACUGCCGGGUGGGAUCAGGGUGGAUGGCGGCAGUGACUGGGUGUGCUUGUACCGGGAGUAUGUCCAGUAUCUGGUCAGCACAGAGGACGAGUUGGUCACAGGCCUCAAACAGCUGUACAAAUACACCCUUCUCCCAGCCGAGUCGUUCUUCCACACGGUGCUUGUGAACAGCGCCUUCUGCACCAAGGCGGUGGACAACAACCUCCACCUCACCAACUGGCGCCGCAAGCAAGGCUGCAAGUGUCAGUACAAACACAUCGUUGACUGGUGCGGCUGCUCCCCCAACGACUUCAAGAUCUCCGACCUGGACAGACUCAUGAACUAUGAGCAAAAACCAAUUUUCUUUGCAAGGAAAUUUGAACCUAUAGUGAACCAAGAGAUCAUCAAUAGUGUAGACGUUUAUUUAUUUGGUAAUUUCCAACAAGACAUGACUGGCCUAACCAGCUACUGGCAAAAUGAAUACCACCAUCUGGACAAGAUGGCCAAGGUCAAGGAUGCCUACCCAACGUUCUACCAGUCGUUUAUCAGGCUGGGAGUGGCAGAACUGUCACGGCAGUCUGUGUCAUGUACAUAUCGACCUAUCAAAACACUCGAGGCAAAUGUGUUCUACGAGGCUGACCACUUCCAUGGAAUUCUGGUCCUCCACGAAGUAGAGGAGGUUGCUACAGGCAACAUCAUCACCAUGGAAACACAUAUGCAUCCUAAACACCACUAUUCCAUCCUCCAACCAAAGACAAUCAUAGGAAGACUCCAAACACUGGAGGUGGGAACAGAUUUUGAUCCCAAAGAACUGUUAUUCCGAAAUUACGGAAAACUUAUUGGCCCAUAUGAUGACGUGGUGUUGCGUCAUGUGUGGGGAACGGGAAUCGAGUUUGUGAUCUCUGUGGCGUGGAUUGACCCCAUCAAUGUGAUAGCAGCAUCAUAUGAUGUGAAGGUUCUCAGUAGCGGACACACCGGGUCUCACAAACCUCAGCUGAACAGGCCGCUGCGGCCCGGGAUCUGGCAGGUGAAGCUGAUGUACAACCUGCAGAUUCUGGCCGAAACCUCCUUCCUCGUCACCCCCCUCACUGUAUACGACAGCCGCCCAAUCUCCGCCACAGAGAUUUACAGGGCUCACAGUGGACCACAAGGCUUCUACGCUUCCAAAGACUUCGCAGAAUUCCGUGAUGUGUUGAACGUUCCUAAGAACGCCGACCUGGAAACACAGGCAGCGGUGAACGCUAAGAAGGUGGGGAAGGACUUGGAAAACUGGGUGGACAGUUUAGUGCCUUUGUUUUGGCAGGUUCAGAGGUCGUGUACGAUAGAGGAUCUGUCUAACACCUGCCUUGUGUUAGAACAGUGCAAGAAGACAUCGUGGAGUUCAAGGUCACCUGAUCCUAAGUCAGACCUUUCAAGUGUUGGUGCCAAGUUUGCUCCUGUCAGAUAACAGUAGGGGUACUUAGGAAGUUACAUCAACUAGCAAACUUUAUCCAUCGAAUAAAUUCUACACUAACAGUCCCAAUGAUGUCAGUGACCGAUGCAUUAUGAUUCCAUCGUGGAGGGGUGGUGAUGAGCCUAGUGGGGGUGUCACUCACCCACUCACUCACUCACUCACUCACUCACUCUGUUGUCUGUUUUUAACUAUGUGCAUUAUUUGAUAAGUAUCACACAGAAAAAAUUCUACUAAGGCUAAGAAAAUGUUUAUGAUUUUAUUAUCAAAUGAAAAUAUUUGAUUUCUGAAUUGGCGCUGAUGAAAGAUUGUGCCAAACAACGCAGAUGUCUCUUUUAUUCUUUGUUUAUUUUAAAGAUUUGUUUUACUAAUUUAGGAAAGUACUCUUUAUUUAGUGCCAAAGUAAUGUCUUGUACUUACUUCACGUGGGUCGCUUUGUUAUCCAUAUGUUCUUUCCAUGCGUCACAGACCAAGUAUUUCUCUCCUGGAGCCUUCACAAAAGGCCAAAAACAACAAAAUGCUGGUUUUGACUGGAAAUUUCCUGCAAUCCAACAUCUUUAUAGGUUUUUUUAUAUGCUUUAUUUCCAAAUGUUUGUGCGUAUAAUGAGCAGAAUCUGUUGUGAUCCGUGCAUCUCUGUUACUGACUGGCUUCACCUUACAGAAGUCAACCUUACAGCCAUAAUGAACUUUACAUUUGGUUUACGUUCACAUUGAUUUGUAAGGAAACAUGUCAGCCUAGAAUCCUCCUCACAAAGCCCGAGGUUGGUCUCCAGCUUCCAUCACUGUACUUGAGAUGACAGUGCGAGAUGAGCUGGAGGUGCAGGUUUUCUGGGACAGCAGCAGGAGAGAUGUAGACAUGUCUUGUCAGGGUUGACGAUUCCUGGAAAAUAUCACUUCAAAAACAUUUUUUAACAAAUUUUAACAUGUUUUACAAAAUAUGUUUUCAUUCAAACACAUCAUAGUAUGUUUAAUUAUUUCCUUGUUACUCUUGCAAUAUUUAUGGCAAUCAAAAAAUAAGUUUGCUGACCAAGAUGAGUAAAACUGUCUUGAUUACUGACAUAUAUCACCAUGGUUACUGCUGGAAUAUUGACGGACAGAUAUCACCAUGGUUACAACUGACAAAUUGACUGACAGAUAUCACCAUGGUUACAAUUGACCAAGUGACUGACAUAUAUCACCAUGGUUACUGCUGACAUAUUGACUGAUGGAUAUAUCACCAUGGUUACUGCCGACAUGUUGAAUGACAGAUAUCACCAUGGUUACUGCUAACAUAUUGACUGAUAGAUAUGACCAUGGUUAUUGCCGACAUAUUGACUGACAGAUAUCACCAUGGCUACAACUGAUACAUAUCACAUAUUGUAGUCACAUGAAUGUUUGUGCAGUGUGCAGUCUGUAUGUGUGUUCGUGGUACAGUGGGUGACAACUGUUUAGCGUCCACAUGUAUGUGAACAGUCUCUUGAUCAGUGUCUGUAAAUAUUCUUGUAGCCAUAUUGUAUCACUGAUAAGUUGAUGCACUUUUGUUGCUCUCUAUGAUUUAAUUAGGAGUUAAAUGACCUUGUGUACACAUCUGUCUGUACCUUACAUGCUGUCUGUACCUGUACACAUUGUCUGUACCUGUACAUGCUGUCUGUACCUGUACACGCUGUCUGUACCUGUACACGCUGUAUGUACCUGUACACGCUGUCUGUACCUGUACACACUGUCUGUACCUGUACACGCUGUCUGUAUGUACACACUGUCUGUACCUGUACACGCUGUCUGUAUGUACAUGCUGUCUUUACCUGUACACGCUGUCUGUACCUGUACACGCUGUAUGUACCUGUACACGCUGUCUGUACCUGUACACACUGUCUGUACCUGUACACGCUGUCUGUACCUGUACACGCUGUCUGUACCUGUACACGCUGUCUGUACUUGUACACGCUGUCUGUACCUGUACACGCUGUCUGUACCUGUACACGCUGUCUGUAUGUACACGCUGUCUGUACCUGUACACGCUGUCUGUAUGUACAUGCUGUCUGUACCUGUACACGCUGUCUGUACCUGUACACGCUGUCUGUACCUGUACACGCUGUCUGUACUUGUACAUGCUGUCUGUACCUGUACACGCUGUCUGUAUGUACACGCUGUCUGUACCUGUACACGCUGUCUGUAUGUACACGCUGUCUGUACCUGUACACGCUGUCUGUAUGUGUAGGUGUCCCUCCUUUCUCCACUGCCCCAAGUGCCUCUCUACUAUGUGAAUUGGUUGUCGUAAAUAGCAUUUCUUCCAACAGCAAAAUUAGGAAAGUAAUGUGAUUUGUGUUUGAACAAUAGCCCUCGUCCCAUUGACAUGUGGUUGGUAGGAUUAUCAGUGGAGUAGAAAUUCUGUAGAUAGCACAACUUACUUACGAUACACGGUUUUGGAAUAUACUAUCGAAGAACUUCCACACUGACAUAUCUACGUCAACCAAUUCUUGCUCUGAAGUGCCCUCUGUGUAUUAACUGAUAAGUAUAUGUAUGUGGUCGACGGCCCUUCUGUCCCUGGUGAUUUCUUCACUGUUAGCUGUAUCAGGGUCGCAAUGUGCGGCCAACUCCUAUAGUCAGUGCGAGUCACAGCCUGACAUGCCACAAUAUUCGGUCAGCUCCUGUGGUCAACUCAAGUCUCAUGUCAGUAUGUCAGGUCAGCCCCUGUGGUCAACUGGAGUCACAUGUCAUGUCUGGUCAGCUCCUGUGGUCAACUGGAGUCACAUGUCAUGAUGUCUGGUCAGCUCCUGUGGUCAACUGGAGUAACAUGUCAUGAUGUCUUGUCAGCUCCUGUGGUCAACUGGAGUCACAUGUCAUGAUGUCCGGUCAGCUCCUGUGGUCAACUGGAGUCACAUGUCACGAUGUCUGGUCAGCUCCUGUGGUCAACUCAAGUUUCCCUUCCGUUCCCUUUGCGUGAUAUUCUGUCUGCUGUUCUGUGUUUGAAACCAGUUUCAAUGAUGAAGCAUCAGACAUUAGAGUGCUUGAUAUGCAUGUGUCUCUCCACUGCAUUGGUGUUCAGCUGUGGCUGGUGUUCACUAGACAUGGUGUUCAGCUGUGGCUGGUGUUCACUGGAGAUGAUGUUCAGCUGUGGCUGGUGUUCACUGGACAUAGUGUUCAGUGGACAUGGUGUUCAGCUGUGGCUGGUGUUCACUGGACAUGGUGUUCAGCUGUGGUUGGUGUUCAGCUGUGGCUGGUGUUCAGUGGACAUGGUGUUCAGCUGUGGUUGGUGUUCACUGGAGAUGAUGUUCAGCUGUGGCUGGUGUUCACUGGACAUAGUGUUCAGUGGACAUGGUGUUCAGCUGUGGCUGGUGUUCACUGGACAUGGUGUUCAGCUGUGGUUGGUGUUCAGCUGUGGCUGGUGUUCACUGGACAUGGUGUUCAGCUGUGGUUGGUGUUCAGCUGUGGCUGGUGUUCACUGGACAUAGUGUUCAGCUGUUGUUGGUGUUCAGCUGUGGCUGGUGUUCACUGGACAUGGUGUUCAGCUGUGGUUGGUGUUCAGCUGUGGCUGGUGUUCAGCUGUGGCUGGUGUUCACUGGACAUGGUGUUCAGCUGUGGCUGGUGUUCACUGGACAUGGUGUUCAGCUGUGGCCGGUGUUCAGUUGACAUGGUGUUCAGCUGUGGUUGGUGUUCAGCUGUGGCUGGUGUUCACUGGACAUGGUGUUCAGCUGUUGGUGUUCACUGGACAUGGUGUUCAGCUUUGGCUGGUGUUCACUAGACAUGGUGUUCAGCUGUGGCUGGUGUUCACUGGACAUGGUGUUCAGCUGUGGCUUGUGUUCACUGGACAUGGUGUUCAGCUGUGGCUGGUGUUCACUGGACAUGAUGUUCAGCUGUGGCUGGUGUUCACUGGACAUGAUGUUCAGCUGUGGCUGGUGUUCACUGGACAUGAUGUUCAGCUGUGGCUGGUGUUCACUGGACAUGGUGUUUCAGCUGUGGCUGGUGUUCACUGGACAUGGUGUUCAGCUGUGGUUGGUGUUCAGCUGUUGCUGGUGUUCACUGGACAUGGUGUUCAGCUGUGGUUGGUGUUCACUGGACAUGGUGUUCAGCUGUGGCUGGUGUUCACUGGACAUGAUGUUCAGCUGUGGCUGGUGUUCACUGGACAUGAUGUUCAGCUGUGGCUGGUGUUCACUGGACAUGGUGUUUCAGCUGUGGCUGGUGUUCACUGGACAUGGUGUUCAGCUGUGGUUGGUGUUCAGCUGUUGCUGGUGUUCACUGGACAUGGUGUUCAGCUGUGGCUGGUGUUCACUGGACAUGGUGUUCAGCUGUGGCUGGUGUUCACUGGACAUGGUUCACAAGUCAUGUUAGCUUCAAGUGUUCAGUAAUACUCAAAGAAAGGUAGUUUUAAUACAUAGCAAUUGUUUUAGCCAUGAUUACUUUUUGGAUCUGAAAAUUAUUAUUAUUAUAUAUAUGUUUCGUUUCAAUGGGUAUUCCUGCCAUCUUUGUGAAUAUUGGAAAAUAGGAACGUUUCAGUGAAGAAGCUGUGAUAAAUGUAACACAAUGUUUUGAUCUUGUUUUAUGCUUGUCUAUGUCUGUCAUGAGGGAGAAAUCUUUGCUCUUGUCUGUCUUUAUAUUGACAGGGAAGCCAUUCGCAGACUGUUUUAUAUUUCAGCAUUUUACAAAUCACUUGGGUUUCACAGUGUCUUUCAGGUCGCCCAUUUGCUGGAUUUAGUCAGGGGUCAGAGGUCAAUAUGUUUACUUCUGUUUCAGCGUUUGAUGUUUAACAGAAGUAUUUAUUGGUUCUAAAAUCUUCAUGUUUAAGCAUAAGUUUCAACUUAUUGUCAUUGAAUAGCAAACUAUUAAUAAAAAAGUUGCUAAUUAUUUUAAUGUUAUUAGAAUCAUUUACCAUUUGUAUUUCUAGCUUGGACUGAGCAGAACAAUCAAGUCAUGUCAUCUUGAAAUGGUCACGAACAAAUCAGUGUCAUAUCACGGAUGAGACGUUUCUGUGGAUCCGCCAAAUUCCAAGGGUUUCAUUACAUCAAGGGUCACUUUUGUGAUGCAUGCCUUUACGAAAUACGCAUAUAUCAUAUAGUUCUCAAGAUCCCUGGCUGACUUUCAGUGUUCUGUAUAAAAUCUUUCUCAUCACUGUUGUAUUGUAUGUGGGGGUCACGGUGUCCGUCAGGUGACAUUGAAAACAAGCUUGACACUUGACUGUGAUUGUAUAUGCAAGAGGAGAAGGCAAGGUUUUCCGUUCCAUGUGGGGAUAUCCACUUCAAGAUAGGACCAGUUGAAAAAUGUAAACAAUCUCAGUGGUCACAUUGAGAUUGACAAUACUGGCUUCAUGAGUUAUUGCCAUAGCGUCACUGUAUGCAUAUCCUACUGUAUUAAUCUCUUCGUCAAAAUAUGACAAACAUUCUGCAUGAUAAACUCUAAACAUUGGAGAAGAUACGUGGUGAAUCCACAACGCAGGAGAACUAGUUAGGUGAACACUGAACAUAGGUGAUCUAGUUAGGUGAACACUGAACAUAGGUGAUCUAGUUAGGUGAAAACUGAACAUAGGUGAUCUAGUUAGGUGAACACUGAACAUAGGUGAUCUAGUUAGGUGAACACUGAACAUAGGUGAUCUAGUUAGGUGAACACUGAACAUAGGUGAUCUAGUUAGGUGAACACUGAACAUAGGUGAUCUAGUUAGGUGAACACUUUACAUAGAUCUAGUUAGGAGAGAUACAGAAAUCAGAUAUGCUGCUCCAAAUGAUUCGCUCGUUCAUAUCGACAACAUAAAACCAUCUCUGCAGAUUUUCUGAUUAGACAUUUCAUCUCACGCGACUUCCAGGGGAGAGUUUGUUAGAGUCCGGAAGUCGGAGUAAAGGAUCUGAUGUUAAUGAGAUUGCCUGUUGUGAAUGUUUUGGGGAAGGAAAAGUUGUUUCUUGUGUAGUGAAACUAUGAUUUCAUUAUAUGACUGUUUUUGACAACAAAAUACAGCCCAUCACCAUGGUGUACAAGGAUAAACAAAGACUUGAUGGUUUCAUGUGCAGUGUAGGAUGGAAGAGUUUAUGGAGAUAGGUAUUAAAUGUGAAGGUCACCAUCAGACAAUGAAUUCUUUUACAAAGUUUAAUUCUUCAACCUAACUCAGUAGGAAUCUUGUCCAGAUGAAAGCAUGUGAUGCUAGCUUCUCACUUUGGCCCAGAAUAUCUGAUGUCUGAAAUGUUUUCUUUGUGACCUUGAGGGAGGAAGGUCAUCUGGGGUCAAGUGUGUAACUUCCUUGAGUGGCUGCUGAUGGGGAAGGUAAUAGUGUACAUUGGACACAGUUGAGAUACAUAUUUCCACAAACUACGGCCUUUAGUUAUUUGGUUCAUGUAUUUGUGUUUCUGGUGAAAAUUACCCUCGUAUCUCUGAUGAAUGCUUUUGUGUAGAGGUCAUUAUUAUCUCUGGGAUCUUGUGGGUGAACAUGAAGUGUGUGCCAGUGGCACCUCAUACUAAACAAUUGAGCAGCAGAAUGCAGUGGUUCUGUGUGGGAUCUGGCUUCUGUAAGUGAAUCUGGCUUCUGAAUGGGAAUCUGGCUUCUGUAAGUGAAUCUGGCUUCUGUAUGGGGAUCUGGCUUCUGUAUGGGAAUCUGGCUUCUGUAUGGGAAUCUGGCUUCUGCAUGGUAUUUGGCUUCUGUAUGGAAUCUGGCUUCUGUAUGGAAUCUGGCUUCUGUAUGGAAUCUGGCUUCUGCAUGGAAUCUGGCUUCUGCAUGGUAUUUGGCUUCUGUAUGGAAUCUGGCUUCUGCAUGGUAUUUGGCUUCUGUAUGGAAUCUGGCUUCUGCAUGGAAUCUGGCUUCUGCAUGGAAUCUGGCUUCUGUAUGGAAUCUGGCUUCUAUGUGGGGAUCUGGCUUCUGUAUGGAAUCUGGCUUCUGCAUGGAAUCUGGCUUCUGCAUGGAAUCUGGCUUCUGCAUGGAAUCUGGCUUCUGUAUGGAAUCUGGCUUCUGCAUGGAAUCUGGCUUCUGUAUGGAAUCUGGCUUCUGUAUGGAAUCUGGCUUCUGUGUGGGAAUCUGGCUUCUGCAUGGAAUCUGGCUUCUGCAUGGAAUCUGGCUUCUGUAUGGAAUCUGGCUUCUGUGUGGGGAUCUGGCUACUGUGUUGGGAUCUGGCUUCUGUAUUGGAUCUGGAUUCUGUGUUGGAUCUGGCUUCUGUAUGGAAUCUGGCUUCUGUGUGGGGAUCUGGCUUCUGUAUGGGAUCCGGAUUCUGUGAGGGAAUCUGGAUUCUGUGUUGGGAUCUAGCUUGUGUGUGGGAAUCUGGCUGCUGUAUGGGAAUAGGGGAAUCUGACUUCUGUGUGGGAAUCUGGAUUCUGUGUGGGAAUCUGGCUUCUGUGUUGGGGUCUAGCUUGUGUGUGGGAAUCUGGGAAUCUGGCUGCUGUAUGGGAAUAGGGGAAUCUGACUUCUGUGUGGGAAUCUGACCUGUAUGGGAGUUGGGUUCUGUUUAAGGGACUACCCUGCGACAUCAUGUAUCUGUCACAUUCUGUCAGUGAUGCCUCUGAGGUCACCUCUCUGUCUCAACAAUUCAUAGAACAUACAACUUAACGGGUCUUGUAUCAUACUUAGUCCCUUCGCCCGACUCUGUUGUGUGACGUUGCUCCACUGUUUGUUUGACUGCUAGUACUUACACUGCGUGGGUGGAUGUUCUGAGGAUUAAUUGUUUUUCAUAGUGCUUCUGGACUCCCUUGUUUCUUUAUUUAAACUGAAUGAGUAUGAAAGGAGUUGCCAUUGCAGAUGGGUUUACAGUAUUCAUUUAUGUAAUGAAUUUAAGAUAAUCUAUGUCAGUGAUCUAUUGUGUUUUUAUAGGUAUCUGCAGAUUGUACAGUAGAGGAAAGCAGUUGUAAUGUGGGCAUCCAUUAUGCAGAAAUUAUGCACUAAAGUUCAUGUGGAUGUGCUUGUUUACUCUGGAGUAGUUGUGUGUUCCCGAGACAAAGCAUGCCCUGUUAUAUCAGCCCUCGGUUGCCCUUUGCUGUUCAUUCCUGCUGUAAUGUUUUAUCACUUCUUGGAUGCCCUCUGAUGUUCUAUCUCCCCUAGGUUGCCCUCUGAUGUUCUAUUAACCCUAGGUUGCCCUCUGGUGUUCUAUCUCUCCUAGGUUGCCCUCUGAUGUUCUAUCUCCCCUAGGUUGCCCUCUGAUGUUCUAUUAACCCCAGGUUGCCCUCUGGUGUUCUAUCUCCCCUAGGUUGCCCUCUGAUGUUCUAUCUCCCCUAGGUUGCCCUCUGAUGUUCUAUAAACCCUAGGUUGCCCUCUGAUGUUCUAUCUCCCCUAAGUUGCCCUCUGAUGUACUAUCUCCCCUAGGUUGCCCUCUGAUGUUCUAUCACCCUAGGUUGCCCUCUGAUGUUCUAUCUCCCCUAGGUUGCCCUCUGAUGUUCUAUCACCCUAGGUUGCCCUCUGAUGUUCUAUCACCCUAGGUUGCCCAUUGAUGUUCUAUCACCCUAUGUUGCCCUCUGAUGUUCUAGAACUCCUAGGUUGUCCCUGAUGUUCUAUCUCCCCAAGGCUGCUCUCUGAUGUUCUAGAACCUCUAGGUUGCUCUCUGAUGUUCUAGAACCCCUCGGUUGCUCUCGGGGCGGUCGGGUAGCCUAGUUGUUAAAGCGUUCGCUCGUCACGCCGAAGACCCGGGUUCGAUUCCCGACAUGGGUACAAUGUGUGAAGCCCAUUUCUGGUGUCCCCUGCCGUGAUAUUGCUGGAAUAUUGCUAAAAGCGGCGUAAAACCAUACUCACUCACUCACUAGGUUGCUCUCUGAUGUUCUAGAACUCCUAGGUUGUCCCUGAUGUUCUAUCUCCCCAAGGCUGCUCUCUGAUGUUCUAGAACCUCUAGGUUGCUCUCUGAUGUUCUAGAACCUCAAGGCUGCUCUCUGAUGUUCUAGAGCUCCUAGGUUGUCCCUGAUGUUCUAUAUCCCCAAGGCUGCUCUCUGAUGUUCUAGAACCUCUAGGUUGCUCUCUGAUGUUCUAGAACCUCUAGGUUGCUCUCUGAUGUUCUAGAACCUCUAGGCUGCUCUCUGAUGUUCUAGAACUCCUAGGUUGCCCCCUGAUGUUCUAUCUCCCCAAGGCUGCUCUCUGAUGUUCUAGAACCUCUAGGCUGCUCUCUGAUGUUCUAGAACUCCUAGGUUGUCCCUGAUGUUCUAGAACUCCUAGGUUGUCCCUGAUGUUCUAGAACCUCUAGGUUGCCCUCUGAUGUUCUAGAACUCCUACGUUGUCCCUGAUGUUCUAGAACUCCUAGGUUGCCCUCUGAUGUUCUAGAACUCCUAGGUUGUCCCUGAUGUUCUAGAACUCCUACGUUGUCCCUGAUGUUCUAGAACUCCUAGGUUGCCCUCUGAUGUUCUAGAACUCCUAGGUUGUCCCUGAUGUUCUAUCUCCCCAAGGCUGCUCUUUGAUGUUCUAGAACUCCUAGGUUGUCCCUGAUGUUCUAGAACUCCUAGGUUGUCCCUGAUGUUCUAGAACCUCUAGGUUGCCCUCUGAUGUUCUAGAACUCCUAGGUUGUCCCUGAUGUUCUAGAACACCUAGGUUGUCCCUGAUGUUCUAGAACCUCUAGGUUGCCCUCUGAUGUUCUAGAACUCCUAGGUUGUCCCUGAUGUUCUAGAACUCCUAGGUUGUCCCUGAUGUUCUAGAACCUCUAGUUUGCCCUCUGAUGUUCUAGAACCCCUAAGUUGCCCUAUGGUGUUCUAUCACCCAUAGACGAAGAUCCGGGUUAGAAUAGGUCUUCACCAACCAAUGCUUGUCGUAAGAGGCGACUAACAGGAACGAGUGGUCAGGCUUCCUGACUUGGUUGAUGCAUGGCAUCAUAUCCAAAUUGCAUAGAUUGAUGCUCAUGAUGUCAAUCCCUGGAUUGUCUGGUCGAUUAUUGACAGUCUGCCGUUAUAUAGCUGAAAUAUUGCUGAGUGUGGCAUUGAACAACGAAACAGCAAAUGAACAAACAAACUAUCACCCCUAGGUUGCCCUCUGGUGUUCUAUGACCUCUGGGAAGCCCAAUGAUGUUUUGUGACCCAAGGUUGCUAUUAACUGUUGCUGUUUAUUGACAUUCUCCCCCGCCUGUAGCUCUCCCUCUCUCAAUGGCCUCGUGGCAUCACAACUUUGACAUGGUGUCUAUAUUUGUCUUCCAUCAUGUCAAGACUUGAGAUAUAAAUUUUGUAUUCAUAUUUUUAUUACACAAAAUUCGAAUAAAAUAUGCAUUUGUUUUA